AUGAGUUUUAUAUUAGAAAUAAAACCGUUCCUAAGACAGUGUCUUGUGACAGCCGGAGUUUCCCUGUGUAUGAUGGAGCAUGGCCUAGUGGUAUCGUUUGCUAGUGUGCUGAUACCACAGUUGAGAAAAGAUGACAUAUAUGUCAAUGAGAAUAUGGAAACUUGGAUUGCAUCUAUACAAAGUACUUCAUUAUUUUUGGGAGCAUUUAUAACGCCCUAUAUGAUGUCUCGAUAUGGACGAAGAAAGGCCAACCUGGUAUGUUCUGUUUUAAUGAUCGUUGGCUGGAUCAGCGUUAUGGUAGCUCCAAGCGCCGGUAUAAUCCUGUUUGGAAGAUUCAUGCAGGGUGUUGCACUUGGUAUUUCUAGCUUAACCGGGUCAGUUUUAGUAGCUGAGUACUCUUCUCCGAGGUACAGAGGAACCUUCAUGACAAUCAUGACUCUAUCUCUUAUAUCUGGCUGUUUGGUAAUACAUAUUCUAGGUUCCUUAUUUCCUUGGCGUAAAGCAGCCGGCAUUAGUUUAGGUAUAACAAUCGUAGAUUUGAUUGUAAUAGCAAUCUCACCAGAAUCUCCCAUGUUUUUGGUCACAAGAGGUAGAUACGAUGAAUGUAGAAAAGUCUUUCACUGGCUGCGCGGAUUGAAUGAAGAUGAAGAAUUAGAGGCCAUGAUUAAAUCCGAUAUGCGAAUGAAAGAGUCACAUAUUCGACCAAAUACUAAAAAAUUUAUCAAUGGAGUAAGAGAAAUAAUUCAAAAUAUAAAGGACCCCGAAUUUUUUAAGCCAUUAAUUGUUCUAUGGCAUUUAGUCAUUAUAAAUAUUUGGUGUGGGGGUUUAAUAGUGGAUGUUUACGCUAAUGAUAUAUAUCCUAAGCUUAUGGGAAGUAAUGUCGAUGUCGUCAGUAUUAUAAUUAUUGCGGACUGCGUUAGGCUGGCGUCAUUAUUUUGCGCUAUUGUUGUUCACACUAAAUUUAAACGACGUCACAUGCUUAUACUACUUGUUAGUUUAAAUGUGGUUAUUUAUUUCGUUAUUGCCGGUUGCUCAUAUCUCAUUGACAGAGGCUUUAUUACUAACUCUAUAGUAGGAUUAAUUCUAAUUAUUGUUCAUAUAUUCAUACAUUCUAUUGGAGCCACAGCUUUAACUAAUACAUUACCUGGUGAGAUUUUACCUCUGAAAUAUAAAGGUAUUCAUAGUAUGCUCUCUACAUUCUUUGUAUCACUUAAUAUUACAGUAGCAUUUAAGACAUUGCCAUACUUAUUUUCGCACAUAGGACUGUCUGCUGCGUAUUGUAUUUAUGGUAGUAUAAUUGCUUACGGAAUGAUAGUAGCAGCAAUUAUGAUGCCAGAAACAAAUGGAAGAACUCUGUUGUCUAUUGAAGAGCAUUGGAAGAAACCAGUGAAAGAGACAUAUCUAACAAAAUCUUUAUCGACUCCAAAUGAGGAUAUAUAA